UCGCAAGACUCGGAAAGAUCCACAGAGAAAACCGCAGUCGUGUUCCGGCGCUUUUCGUGAGCUGCAGGGUGUCCAAGAUGGCGGACAGUGAGAUGAAGCCCCUACAGGACCAAGUUGGUACUGUGAAUCAACAGUCGCUCGAGUCUCACAAUCCACCGCUUCCAGCCGUAGCUGUUGACAAACCGUUCAUGUGCGGAAUAUGUGGGUACAGCACUGAUGUCGUCGACAGCUUGGUCAAACAUGUGAACACUCAUCGCACUGUUGCAAACAGUGGCCCAAGUCAGAACAAGAUGGCAACCAACAGUGGGGCCAACAAAGACAACAUGUUCACCAACAGUGAGCCCAGGCAGGACAAGAUGGCCACCAACAGUGAGCCCAGUCAGAACAAGAUGGCCACUAACAGUGAGCCCAGUCAGGACAAGAUGGCUGCAAACAGUGAACCCAGUCAGAACAAGAUGGCCACCAACAGUGAUUCCAGUCAGGACAAGAUGGCCACCAACAGUGGGCGCAGUCAGAACAAGAUUACCCCUGUCAGUGAGCCCAGUCAGAACAAGAUGACCACCAACACCAAGUCAGGACAAGAUGGGCGCAGACAGUGUGCCCAGUCAGGACAAGAUGGCCACAAACAGUGA